CUGGACGUGGAGAAAUUCACUGGAAAGGAGGAUCCAAAUGUCCACCUUGACACCUUCCACAAUGCAGCACAGAUGGCCGGGUGCACUGAUGCUGAGGAGUGCUUGCUCUUCUUCUCAUCCUUGAGAGGGAGGCCUGUGGAAUGGUUUAACGGCCUUCCCCAUGGCAGGAUUGGGUCCUUUGAGAAACUUGCCAAAGUUUUCUGCAAGAAGUACCAGGACAACUGCAUUAAGAGGAAGAAGUUCACCUACCUUAACACGGUAGGGCAGAGGGAGAAGGAGUCCUUGACUCAAUUUUUAACCCGCUGGAGGGACGAGGUUGACAAGGUAGAAGAGAUGGAUGAUAAGACGGCCAUGUCUUUACUGAUGAAUGCCUUCCGGUCGGGUGACCUCUACACUGAAUUUUGUAGAAGGCCACCCUCCUCUUAUCAGGAAACCUAUAAUACGGCAUGGGAAUACGCCGAGGCGGAGGUCCUGAACAAGAGCAAGCGAGAGCUGGAGGAAGGCUAUACAAAGGCGAAAUCUGACAAGCCGAAAAAGGAUGACCAGACGGGAGGGUCCAAGCCAAAGGCCACAUAUGAUGGGUCCAUCCACCAAAUAAGGGAUGAUAAGAAGGGAGAGCAACCCAAGAGACCAUGGACGGAGAAGUGGUGCACAUACCACCAAUCCGAUUCCCAUAACACGGCGGACUGCCGAAAUGUCAAGGCCGUGCUCAAGGAGAUGGCCUUGAACGGAGAGCUGGGGGAAGAGCUAAAGACGUACCUGACUUCGGAUAUUGUCCUAUCCAAGCCGGAAACGAAGGAGACUCUAUACCUCUACCUAGGGGUAACUCAGAUGGCCGUUAGCUCGGUCUUGAUGAGGGAUGAUGGGGUCCAGAGGCCCAUUUAUUAUGUAAGCAAGGCCUUAAAUGGGGCAGAAAGUAGGUAUACUCCCACAGAGAAGGCAGGGUAUGCACUAUUCAUAACGGCGAAGAAACUCACCUCCUACUUUCAGGCCCAUCCCAUUGUCGUAUUGACCGACCUACCAUUAGGCACGGUCAUGAGGGACUCCACUUCAUCAGGAAGAAUGAUCAAAUGGGCCAUGAUGCUUACCCAAUUCAACAUUGAAUAUCGUCGGAGGACGGCGAUAAAAGGGCAAGCUGUGGCUGACUUUCUUGUAGAGAUGACGGGUGUUCAGGAAGAAGAACCGGCCAGGGCCAUCACCGAGCCUUGGUGGUCUAUGUCGGUAGAUGGAGCUUCUGGCCCGAAAGGUUACGGGGGAGGUGUAGUAUUCACAACUCCGGAAGGGUUCAAGGUAUAUCAUGCUUUGAUCUUUAACUUCAAACUCACAAAUAAUGAGGCGGAGUAUGAGGCGUUGAUAGGGGGUCUGAGAUUGGCCAAAACCCUACAAAUCACAUGCCUCCAGAUUAAAUCUGACUCAGGCUUGGUGGUAGGCCACAUCAAUGGCAACAUGGAGGCCAAAGGAGAGAAGAUGCAGAAGUACAGGGACUUGCUAUCAAAAUUGAACGAUUUGACUGAGUAUGUGAUGGAGCAAAUCCCUAGGGGGGAAAACACUGAUGCUGACUUGCUAUCAAAAUUGACGCAAGCAGCCCCGGAGCAUGUGUCCAAGCUGGCCAGGAUUGAGACGCUGGAGAAAGCCAGCAUUGAAGGGUUUUCUGUUAGCAUGAUAGAGGAAGAUGGACAGCACAAUCCAGAUCGAGUGGAGCCAGAUGAUAUUUGGAUGGAUGAUUUGGUCAGGUACUAUAUCACCGGGCAAUUCCCUGAGGAUGAGGAUAUGAUAAGAAAAGUAAAGUUGAGGGCUCCAAGAUUCCAAAUGCUUGAUGGAAGGCUAUACAAAAGGGCAUUUGGCGGUCCGCUGCUGAGAUGCUUGACCAGGGCGGAGGCGGAAAGAGUGAUCGCCGAAGUUCAUGAGGGUGUCUGUGCAGCUCACCAAAUGUCCAGGACACUCGCACAAAGGAUCAUCUUGCUAGGUUAUUUUUGGCCUACAAUGAACCAGGAUUGCGAGAGAUAUGUCCAGAGGUGCAAGACCUGCCAGGUCUUCUACAAGUUUCCGGGAAGGCCUGCGACAUACUACCAUCCAGUUUCCAAUGUUAUUCCAUUCGCAAGGUUUGGGAUGGACAUCAUUAGAGCCUUCCCUCAAGAUCAAGGGAGAAAGAAGUAUGUCAUGGUGGCUAUCGACUACUUCACGAAGUGGGUAGAGGCCGAGGCAUAUGCAACCAUUACGACCAAACAAUGCCAGCGCUUCGUGUGGAAGUACAUCAUCACUAGGUUCGGGUCCCCGCAGAACAUCGUGACGGAUAACAGGCCUCAAUUUCGGAAUCCAGGGUUCACCAAAUACUUGGAGGACUUCGGGACUGCCCACAACAAGGCUUCCGUGGCCUACCCGCAAGGGAAUGGCCAUGUGGAAAACGCGAACCGAACUAUAGUGGAUGGGAUCAAGAAGCGGUUGGGUGAGGCAGGAACAAAUUGGUUAGAGGAGCUACCACAUAUCAUAUGGGCAUACCGGGUCACUUCGAGAAGGGCUACAGGAGAGACACCUUUCGUCCUGACAUAUGGAUGUGAGGCUAGACUACCCAUUGAAGCAAAAAUAAUGACCUUCCGGGAAAAGAUCUAUGAGGAGAAAGGGAAUGAGGAAGAUCAUUUGGCAGAGUUGAACUUGUUGGAGGAAAGGCGGAUGGUUGCUGAGGCUAAAAUGAUAGAGUAUUAGCAAGCAGCCAAGGCCUACCAUGAUAAUAAGAAUACAAGUACACUCAAGAACGAGACUCUCUUAUAGAGUAGAUUAUGAGUAAACUAAGUACGCUCAAGAACAACUCAACCUUCACACACAAAUGGCUCUAGAAAGCUAUGGAAAAUGAUGAUAUUUGAAUGCAAUGAAAGUAUAGAUGUUGUGAAGUGAAUUGGUGAGAAAAGCAGACCCAAACACCCCUUUUUAUAGUGCCAAAGAAGGCUCCAACGGGCCAAUGCAUUAAAGGGGUGAUUGGCUU